AUGGACUCCGGUCUACGUCGCAAGGAUACCACCAAGGGCCCUCCGUUGAGGGUCCUGUCGCUUGAUGGAGGUGGUGUUCGAGGAUACUCGAUGCUCAUCAUCCUACAGGAACUCAUGUACCGUACCUACGUCGAAUGCGAGGGCAAGGCCCCGCGUCGCGAUCAAAUCCCCAAACCCUGCGACCACUUCGAUCUCAUUGCAGGCACCGGAACCGGCGGACUGAUCGCCAUCAUGUUGGGUCGGUUACGGAUGGACCUCGAGACCUGCAAAGAAGUUUAUACGCGCAUGACUAGACGUGUUUUCGAGACCGACAAGACCAUUGCCGGCAUUCCGUUCCGUUCCACUUUGUUCAAAGCGUCAAAACUCGAAGAGGCCAUCAGGGAAUGUGUUCGGGAACAUACUGUUUUCGAGGCCGAAGGCAACGACACGACCGACUCGAGCGCUCGCAAUUCCAUCGCCAGCGCACCAUUCAGUCCGGGGCACAUUCCGCAGCGGUCGAUCAGCCGGGGUAGCUUCAGCACGGCCGGGGUGUCGCACUCGUCGGCUCACAGUCAGAGGAACUCUUCGUUCAUAAACGGUUUGCGCUGGGGCCAUCCGGAUGCUCUGCUAUACGAUAACCGGGAAUAUCGAACCAAGACCGCUGUCACCACAUUGUACAAAGGCACCACACGUAACGGACCCGCCGUGCUCCUACGGUCCUACGACUCCCGUAAAGAACCCCCACCCGAGUUCGAUUGUACCAUUUGGCAAGCCGGUCGGGCUACAUCGGCCACUGGCCUAGCUUUCAAACCCAUCCAGAUUGGACAGCACUACUUUAUUGACGAAGGCCCGGGCACGUACAACCCAGCGCCGCAGAUUCUGGAGGAAGCAGUUGUCAACGAAUGGCCCGGAAGAGAACUUGGUGUGUUCGUCAGCGUCGGCACAGGCAAGCGGCCUCCAGGCACAAACAACCGACAGCAUGAAUGGUGGGAGGGGUUCUUCGGAGAUGCAUUGGGUACCUUUGCAGAGGCGCGAAGACGAUUAAUUACCAAGAUCGAAGGCUGCGAGGAAAUCCACCUAGACAUGCUGCGGGAUCACCUAGCCAAAAACAACGUGAGCAAGGACAACUAUUACCGUCUGAAUGUCGAAGUCGGUGUGGGCGAGUUUGGCAUGAACGAAUGGAAUCGACUGGCCGAUAUCAGCACUAACACCCGUCGGUACCUGAGCAAACCCGAGGUCAAGAGAAUGAUACUUGAUGCAGGUGUUAAGUUUGCCAAGAUUGAGCGUAUGCACCGCCGACUAGCUGCUCAUGAGGCCAUUGACAACGACGUGUCAUCUAUCGGCGAAGAUAUGCCACUUUCCCCGGGGGUGCCGACGCUCGCUGUCCCACCUCCCGCCAAAGAAUUCGCAGUUGAACUGCCUGCAGACGUUCCCGCGGAUUUCGGAAGCCGUCCACUACAUGUGCCCACGCCAUCUAUUCCCUCGAGGCUUCAGGUUGGGUCACCACCGCCCGACGAUAUUCUUCCUUUGCAUCCCACUCCCCAAGACUCGGUUCACCCUCCACCGAGUCGUGGCUCGGGUAGUGACAUUGGCAGCUACCGCCUUAGCCAUCAUAGUCACGAGAUUGAUAGUCGACCAGGCUCCCGGCAGCAAGGGUCACCACGUCGCAGUGCAGAGCAUAUGUUCGAAGGCAUGGCACCGCCAGUGCCCCCGAAAACGCCCAUCCCCUAUCCCGACGCGGGUGAGACAGGGGGGAUCAUCAUGCCCAUGCCGUCGGUGACGGUGAGUCCUUCUUCGAACGGAAAGGUUCGACCUCCAUACCCAGUGGAUGAGCCUCCACCAGUGGUGAACAAGCAUCGGAAGCCCAGUUACCAUGUGCGAUGA